AUGGUGGAUCUAGAUCUAGCAGCCAAAGACUCAGAUAUCGAUUUUGAUGACUUGGACAGACCAGUCCCAUUGGAGUUCAAGUUGGCAUUUUCUCCCAGCAUUUGCAUGGCCAGUUUGCCCUUGGGAAGCGUGGCCUCCUGCGAAAGCCAAGAGCUGUCAGCCCUGCCAGACCGAGACAUUCUGGAACUCUCAAGGGGUGUUUCGUGUGGGAGUACAUGGACUCCGGUCGCCAAUCUGCCCACCGUUCGCCAUGGACUCAGCAGCACUCAGUUUCACCCGGGCGCUGUGGCCAGAGGUGUGAGCCCGAAUCUUUUGCUUCAUUCCUUUGGUGCUUUGCUACAGAAUGGUGUCAGGAGGCGAAAUGAUCAGCAGCUCUCGCAGGAACUGAAGCAAGAAAACCUGGACAUGUUCAUCAGCCACAGUUGGACGGUCGGACGAUGGAGAAAGUUCAUUGUCAUGGCUCUCUACUUCAACGGCCAACAAGCGGCGAUCAUCAGCUUGUUGGUGCAAGUUGUCAGCUUCACUGCAGUUGUCACAGGUGUUCUUCCGGUUGUGGCCACGGAUGCAACAGAUGUUGGAAUUAGCCCGUGGUGUUUCCUCUUCGGAAGUCUGGCCUUCUGGCUCUCAGUGCUGCUGUAUCACGAGCUGAUGCUGUUGUGCCAUUGGAAGACCAAGAUGGCCUUCUUUGACACGGUAUGCAUUGACCAAUCGGAUGAGGAGAAGAAAAGAGAAGGUAUUGAGGCCAUCACAGCCUACCUUUGUCGUUCCGAAAGGCUCUUCGUGGUGCUUUCGGAGGUCUAUUUGCAACGCAUUUGGACCGUCUUCGAAAUGGCCGCCUUUUUGGCCGUAAAUCAUUCUCAAUGCGACGACAGUGAAGAAGUGCUUCCACGUGGAGAUGUGACCUCGGUGGGCUCCCGAGUCAUCGUCCAACCCGCAGCGCUGGCACUGCUGAUUCCGGCCUGUUUCCUCUUUCAGAUGUCGCGACCAGUUGGGGACUACGCGAGAUACACCCUGCAGAAUGCUGAAAGGGCAGAUGGGACUCAGGAUGUUCGAGCAAUGGCCCUGGCUGGAGUUCUAAUCUUUUUGGCCGUUUUGAUGAUCGCCUAUUUGGUGAUGAUUAUCAAAGCGUGGGGCCAGAUGCGAGCACAACUGGCACAUCAAGUGGAUACGUUCAGUUUCGCCUCUGCCAAGUGCCAUCAUGAACCUGAUCGACAAGAGAUCUCUAUCGCGGUGAAAUAUUUGGCCGAGAGAAUUGGGCUGGUGGGCUCUGAGGACACGCUAAGGCAAGCGCAUCAAGCCUUGGAGAGCCAUGCGCGACAGAUGGUUUGGCCCGCCAUGGCUGACGCCUUGUCCCCUGCUGGGAUCCCUCCCUGCGAUGCCUGGCUCAUCGCUGUGCCGGUCAUUGCCGUUGCAUUGGACGAUAUCGCCAUGGCGACCAUCUUCUCUACAGGUCUCCACGUGACGCUGACCUCGCUGAUCGCACACGCGGCGGUAGCCCUCAACUUCCCCAUUGUCAUUGCCUUGGUUUCUAUCAGCUCUUGUCGGCCGAAAAGGGGCCGCGCUUAUGAGUGCUUCGCGACAAUUCUAUGUGUCGCCGCCACCUGUUGUUUCCUCUCAACACGUGGCUUGAUGAACGCUUGGUUAUUGGACCUGGCUCAGGGCCACGGAAUUCUACGACUGGAUGCGAUCCUGAGUGUAAUUCUUGUGAUUCAGGUUCUCGUGUUGUGGUGCUGCUACGGAAGCGGCAUUUGGCAUCUACGUCGUUGCUGCUGUCGUGGGACCCGCUGA